CGCGUUGCAGUUCGUAAAUUUUGUUUACCUUGCAUAUGGACAACGAAAUUCCAUAUACACAUUAACAACAAAAGUUUUAGUUAAAUAAAACAAACUUGACAAUUUGGUUAAAAAAAGUUAUUAAAAGUAUUUAAUUCCAUAUUUUAAAAGUUAGCACAGCGAUAAUCAUGAGAAUAGUUUUUAAUAAGAAAUUCUUUAUAUGGGCUGUGAUAGGCGCAUUGGUUGUAGUUGGCGUGAUCCUUGGAUUAGUAUUCGGUUUAAAAAGUGAAAAACAUAUUGUUGCCGCGGUAGUUUCCAAUGGAAAAGGUUGUGCCGAUAUAGGCAGUCAAAUGUUGAAUGAUGGUGGAUCUGCUGUGGAUGCAGCAAUUGCAACGCUCAUUUGUGAGGGUAUCAUUCUACCACACAGUAUGGGGAUCGGCGGGGGUUUCUUCGCUACAAUAUAUACCAAGUCCACCCGUAAAAUAGAGACUUUGGUAGCACGAGAGAUGGCUCCUUCUCAAUCUCAAAAAGACAUGUUUGUUGGGGAACAAAAUAUACAAGGUGCUCGUGCUGGUGCUGUACCUGGGGAGAUACUUGGAUAUUGGGAAAUGCACAAAAAAUACGGUCGCCUUCCAUGGAAAGUGCUAUUUCAACCGACCAUAAAAUUAUGUAAAGAAGGUCAUUGGGUUUCUAAAUACCUUGCUGCGGCAAUUCAAUCUAAGCUGACCGAAAUUCGCAAUGAACCUUCAUUGUCGGAAAUUUUUCUGAAGGAGGAUGGUACACCGUUUGUGGAAGGAGAUUAUAUGAAACGAACUCAAUUGGGUAUUACACUAGGAAAAAUUGCUGAAAAUGGUGCCGGGGAGCUUUACGAUGGUGGAGAAGUCGGCAAAUUGUUCAUAGAAGAUAUUCAAGAGCUAGGUGGAAUUAUUACCGAAGAUGAUUUGAAAAAUUACAAAGUACGUUGGGAGGACACUAACCACAUUAUAGCAAAUGUAACAAGUGGAUAUACCCUGUACACCACACCUCUUCCAUCUAGUGGCGCUGUACUUGCAUUUAUGCUAAAUGUUUUGACUAAUUCACAUACCGAUAAUGAAGAAAUUUACUGGCAACGCGUGGUUGAAACAUUCAAGCAUGCCUAUGGUCAACGCACAAAUUUGGGUGAUAUGGAAAAUGAACCCGACCUAAAGCAGACAAUUGAAGAAACAUUUUCUAAUUUAAUUAGCCAAGAGUUUGCAGAUCAUAUACGAACAUUAAUUUUUGAUAAUAAGACAUUUAGUAAUUACGAAUAUUAUGGUGCAAACUUCACCUACGUAGAAGAUCACGGAACUGCAAAUAUGGCUGUAUUAGCUGCGAAUGGGGAUGCUGUAACUGUUACCAGUACAAUAAACAAUUAUUUUGGUGCUAAGGUUCGAUCACGUCGCACUGGUAUUAUUCUUAACGAUGAAAUGGACGACUUUUCCACGCCGGGUAUAGUCAAUGGUUUUGGAAUACCGGCCUCUCCUGCCAAUUAUAUACAUCCCGGAAAAAUGCCCAUGUCUUCCAUGUGCCCGGCAAUUAUACUUGAUCAAGAUGGCAAUGUACGAAUGCUGGUUGGAGCGGCUGGCGGUAGCAAAAUUACCACUUCAGUUGCGACGGCAAUCAUCAAAUAUCUUAUUUUAAAUCAGUCAUUAAACGAAGCUGUAAAUGGAGGAAGACUGCAUCAUCAAUUAGCUCCAAUGCAAGUAGAAAUUGAGCCUGAAGUAUCACAAUCAGUAUAUGCAUAUCUCAGUAAAGUUGGUCACAUUAUAAAUGUGUCAUCAGAUGGAGGAUUUGCUGCUGUGACUGCAAUCGGUGUACGUGACGGCAUUCCAGAACCAUUUUUUGAUCGACGACGAGUUGGAAGCACAUCCACGGUGUCGAUUAAAAAUAAAAUGGUACAUUAAAAAUGAUUAUCAAUGCGCGGAGUAAUUACUUAAAAGUCAAUGUGCUAAUGGAUCGAAACUCAUACAAACUGGCAAACGUCUGUUAUAUAAGUUUCUUUAAAAAGUUUGUUCAUGCAAUAAUUGUGAUAUUAAUAUAAUUUUACUUACGUUAGGUAUUGAAUGGCGAAGUAUUAACUACUGUAGUUUCAACUAUUUAACCAAAUAAGAAAUAAAAUUAAAAUUGGUAAACUUAUUCGGUCAAAUAAAA